CAUGUGCUCUUGGCGGUAAUUCAUCGAUAUUUUAAUUACAUUACGUGCGAUUUGUUGUUUGCAGUUUAGUGUGUUGAAAUUAAAUUAGUUAUAUUUAUUAACUAAAAAUUCUUGGUUAUGUAAUUUUUUGUGGACUUACAUUUUAGUAAAAAACUGCUAAUAAAUAAAAAAAAUCUAACAUGGCUGAUAAUUUGAAUAAGAGGCCUUCCAAAGGCAUUCUUAAAACCUCAAGUAGUUUUGAUAGACAAGAGACACCUUCAACAUCAAAAAAACCUAAAGGAACUCAAUGGGACGAGAUGAAUAUUAUAGCAACUUUACAUCCGGCUGAUAAAGAUUAUGGUCACAUGAAAAUUGAUGAACCUAAAACACCAUAUAGUUAUGAAGGAGCUGAUAAAAAGCUGGAUGCAGAUUUAUUAUCGGAGAGAUUAAAAGCUGGUGCAAAAGAGCUGCCUCGCAUCAUGCAAAGUGAAUCAGACAGUGACGAGGAGGUAGAAACUGAGGAGCAAAAAGAACAAAGAAAAAUAUUUGAAAAGAAGCGUAAAGAACAUUACAAUGAAUUUUUAGCAAUGAAGCUGGCUCGUAAACUUCUAGAAGAAGAGGAAGAAGAUGAAGAAAACGAUGAUAAAAAAUUGAAUAAAGAAAACUCGGACACAAAUGAUAAAGGAAAUGAUAGAAGCUCCAGUAAAGCAAAGAAACCCAACCCCAAAAAUAAUUUGUAAUAUAUUGUAAUGUAAUGUGUAAAAAUAGA